AUAACUAUACCAUGGAAAAAAAUAUAGGGGGAAACACUAAACGACUAAACGCAUUUAUGCGCAGUUGCACCUCAUAUGCAUCCAUAAAAUCCACAAAAGAUCGAAAUUAUGAUUCAGUGGAUCAUUUCAUUUUUGAAUCUUUUAGUCUUUUGCGUUUUAUUUUCUGAAGAAAUGUCCAGCCCGGUCUCGUGGAAAUGCAUAAACAAUACAAAAAAAAAAAAACCGGCGUAUUGAUGCGCAAAACGGCUUUUGGCUUAAAUAUGACACGCACGUGUCUGGCGUGCAUAUAAUUAGCAGUUUUCACGUACACGUCAUCCAACAACCCUAAUACCAUCGCGCACGAUAUACACGCCAAGUUAACCUCGUAUCAGAUGGGAAAAGGGUUCCUUUUUUGAUAUCCGAAAAUCACGCGCAAUCAAAGAGAACGGAUUCCGGCGCAGGCCUACAUCAAACCUCACGAGCACGGUCAUGAAAAGUGUUCUGCUCCAAGAACUGAUGUGCUAUAGCAUAAUAAACCCUUUAAAGAAAAUGCGCCGUGGUGAAGCAGCAGUUCGUGGUGCAGGCUCACGCGCUGGUUAAUAGUCUGGCAAAAGUUUUUAAUGAGCAGGCAAUUAAAUGAAUACUACAUCGGACUGAUUUUCCAACAAUGUCGCAUGUUGCCUCUGGUGAUUUUACAUCAUUUGCUUCCUCCCCCACCAAUCCGAUUUCUCGGCCAAAGCCCACUGUUGGACUCAACGGGGGCUCUCUGAAAGCCGCCCAUAAAUAUUUUGCUUUUAGACUUGCGCGUAGCCUGCUCAAGUCCUGAUCGAUUUGGUCAUUUUGUUAGUACCCGCACCUUUUUCAGCAGAUAUGGGCUAGCCUGUGUUAAUAAAUAAUAAUGAGUUAAAUACAUAAUAAUAACCCGGGACGGACGAUAUUAACCGUAUGAUGUUUUUCUUAGAAUUGCAGCACUGGUGAGCUACAAAGGCCUUGUUAAACGACUUCAAAAGCAACAGCCACACGAGCAAUUGCCAUUUAAUUCACAUACAGACAACGGCAAACGUGGGUUCUCUCCUCAAACGACUCUUUUUCACUUUACUGGCGCCCGCGUCUGCUAAAAGUCCCAAAGUCGAGAUCCGCGUAACCAUAGGAAAACGCGCCGACGUUCGGCAACCGCGCGGAGAUCUUCAUUGGUCUGCAUUGAAAAAGCCCACUGUUCCAAAUUAGGUCACUACCCAUUUCUUUUGUGAAAUUAGAAUGCCCAAUCUCGUUGGGUCGGGAGAAUCACCCCAUCUCUUGUUACUAUGGAAAGCGCCGAGAGGAACCUCCUCCUUGCUGCGUCACCGAAGUAAAUCUCGAGGUGUGGGGAGAGAUGGGGUUACUUGCGGUCAGAACACACACACACAUAUAUCCAUUACACCCUACAUUCAUCAUGCGGGAUUACAAAUUCCGGUGCGCGUGCACACAGCAAACACUGCUUGAUUAAAAAGAACCUGCGUUUAAAACAGUUAACCAUGUUUUUUUCCUCUGUGAUGUGACUUUGAGGGGUUUAAGUGGGUCAUCUUUUAAGUAGUGUGUUCAGACGUUUCAUCUCUCCUAGCGCAGUCACCUCAACUCAAAGAGGAUUGAAACAAAACACCAACUGCAUUUGCGAUAAAUAAAUAAACGGAUGAAUUGCUUGCGAUCUGACUUUUUUUAUUAUUAAUUUGACGUUGUUUGAAAGCACCUAAAUAUAUCUAAAAAUAUGAGUCUAAAUAGAAUUAAUACCCUGCGUAAGGUUGCAUUGAAUGGGCUAUACUUGCAAUUCUGUUUUAGGCUACGCAUGCUUUUAACCGUAACGCCUUGCCUUCUAUCGUCUUAAAACGUAAUUAAGAAAUAAGAAUAAAGCGGAAAGAGCUAUCUCUCGCAAAUCAGAGAAAUACGAAUUUGCAUUUUGCACGUAUAUAAGGUCCGCUGGGAAUGAGAGUACGCUGGAAAUCAUUGCACAUUGUUCACUUGCCACGGGAACGCCAGGAGGAGGAAACAGAUGCACAUUAGGGUAUUCAGGUUCAUUGGAGGAGGAAAGGGUUAAUUAAAUGACAGACCCCUCCCAUUAUUGAACGGCAAUAUAUUAAUAGGCACGGCAGCCGGUGAAAGAAGCCGGUGCUCGUCGGAGAGGAGAGGCUGCGGUGCUGUCUGAGACUCCGUGGUGCUGAAAGUGCCGCCCGCCGCGAUGUGGUCCGUGUUUUUCGUGUUUCUGUCUUAUCUAGACAGGAACUUCGUCAAAGGCGAAUUCCUGAGCCAAGCUCUAGACGCAGAAAAAGAGAGCAAAGAGCUUUUUUACAUGCUGAACAACACUCUUUGCGCCAAAAGUUCGGUCGCGGGAGAGUAUCACCUCCAUCAGGUCACCGACGGGGCUGAAGAGGUCCGCUCGGUGCACGACUCCGAGGGCCGCCUGGUCGACUGCUCCGUCAUCCAAAACCAAAUGCAGGUCAAAUCCUUCAUGCACGUGUGCAGACUCGGGCUGAGGAACCAAAUGGGCUCCGAUCUGAAGAUGAGUUUGACCGGGGUGUCCGAGGCGAAGGCGAACUGUAGAAAGCUGAAGUCUAAAGGCGACAGGAACGCGAUCGCGACGAAACGAGCAAAAGAGGCGAAGUCCGACGCGGCGAACGGCAAAAGACGCGAGCCAAGCGAGGCUUCACUUAUCCCGGGACGCUUUGGUGUGGAGCAGGAAACAUCGCGGACACUUACGAUCAGUUAGGAGAAUUUGAAGAGACCGACAAGUGUUGCCGCGUUCACGAUCACUGCCCCUAUGUCAUCCAUGCGUUCUCUUCCAAUUAUGGAUAUACCAACUUUAAAUGGCACUCCCUUAGCCACUGCGACUGCGACAAUAACUUAAAGGAAUGCCUGCGACUUGUCAAUGACACUUCUUCCCGAGUGGUUGGACAAGCAUUCUUCAAUGUGAUCGAAGUCCCUUGCUUUGAGUUUACCUUUGAAGAGCAGUGUGUUGAGCGUCACUGGUACGGGGUGUGUAAGAAGUAUGACAGAGUUCCUGUAGCAGUAAUUAAAGAAUCAAUCCCUUAUGACUUUGGAGGCAUUGAUGUCAUUGAUGUAUUGACAAUCGCUCCUCCCAAGAUGAAAUUAUCAGAUGAAGAAAAGCAGAAUGCGACAACCUCUGAAAGCACAACGCAGUCAUCGGUCGAAUCAAAGACCGCCGCUCCAGAAGAGCCCUCGCUCACUAACGUGGUGACGGCUGCGGAGGAUUUCAUUAAAGUGCUCGCCACAGUCUCCACCUCUCAAAGCUCGUCCGCAGACGCAGGUAAAGGAGAAACUCAGACGUCAGAGAAGAAGAGGAAGAAAAACUCCAGCAAGAAGAAAAAAGAAAACAAGAAGAAGAGAGGAAAGGGUAAAGGCAGGAAGAAGAACAAAAAGCUUGACGCCGUGUUAAAGGUCGACGAAGGAACCACCGGAGCUCCGCCGACCGGUCAAACGGAGGAGGUCAUGGGUAAGAACAACUUUGCGGAGGGAGCAGCGAGGAUGAAUCGGUUUAGGAUAAAAGACAGCAAUUUCAUGAACAGCGAGCUAGACUCUGAAGGAAAUACUAAUAAGAUGAUGAGAGAUGAUCCUCAGAGGACAGUGAAUGUUAAUCAGGAUGUUGUUACCGUUACUGCCUCGAUAAAGAGGGAUAAAGAACCAGGGAUUGUAGAGCACAGUCAGGCAAACGGCACAGAGUUAGUCUCCACCUCUCCUACAGCUCACAUUACCCCAGUUGUGCACGAUAAGACCAGAGCUAAGCUGAGACAAAGAGCUGGAAAGAAAAGGCAAAAAAAACCCAACCCUAUUACAGAAGCCAAGGAAGAAACUCUCUCGACUAGACAGUCUGAAGGUGUCAGCCUCUUAACGCCGACACCGGAGAGUCCAACGGCCGCUGUAAGGAACGAGGCGAGUACCAUUCACGCGGAAGAAAAGGGACCUACUACACAAAAAACACCCAUUGUUAGAACAAAAAGGCCAGGUUCGGUAAAGGGAGAAGGAAGAAAGAGAACGAGAAAAGUCAUUGCUUCCUCUACAGAAGAAACUCCUCGUGAUAUCAGCUCUCAGGAUCCAUUGCUGUUCACAGGUUCUGCAACUGUCACGCAAAGCGAUGUACUAGAGAGACUGGGAUUGGACCGAUUCGAAAAACCAUCGGAAAGUUUGAGGGACAGCAAUGCCAGAAGGAACAAAGGAAGGCGUGUAGUCAAAAUCUGCUACGAAGCCGUUUUGCCCGAAGCCGCAGACACGACACCCCUCACAACUCUGAUCGAAAAGGACACCGAGUCUCAGUUGAAGGAUCCUGAGAUAAACACGGCACCAAUGUUUCCGCUCCUACAGACUAACACGCCAUCCUCGGCAACCCGCAGACCUAGGAACACAAAAAUAAAGAGACACAGGGAGCGAGGAAAUCGAGAAAAGCGUGGAAAAGCUAAGAGAGAAUGAAACUCAAGAAGCUCCACGUGGUGCGACCAAAUGGUUUUUUUAUCUCCUAGGCUGCCAUAUGAUAUUGUUUUAACAAGCAGCAUGUUUUUACCUUCUCUGUUUUUAUAGCUCCGUUGAUGGUAGACUGACAGAUCAGAUCAGUUUUAUGAAGCAUGUGUUUCCCGACAUGAUUGCUGAAUAAAGUAAAUAGAGCAUUGG